AUGAGCUACGGGCUACACGACCUCCCCCACGACGACACAAGAUCAAACCUGUUAGACUGUCCUACGUCGACUGGCCCGCCACCAUCUGGUCUUGCUAAGGAGUCUUUCUUUGACUUGAGGGAGGCACUCGGUCUGCCGCUGUCAGCUUCCACCACCAGCGUGGCUACUGGUUCUGUUAGAGAUACCCCAAGUCCAAUUCAUCAACCGCAGGAACAGCAACAGCAGCCAGAGUUCAAGGACAACACCUCGUCACACUCUUGGCCAUUGCCGCGGACAACGGAUCAACAGCAGGUCCCACACCAACUGGUCGCCGCACCUUCAUUUCUUCGCCAUCGCGCAAACAACAUGGCACACUCGUCCAAGGCGGGCACGGAGUGCCUCCAGCUCUGCAGCAACACCGCGGCGGCAGCCGACCGUGUAGCAGAGUCGAUGGCCGAGUGUACCACUCUAGUCAAGCACCUCCCCCACGGUUUCGAUGUGCUCGCCAACGACCUUCUCGACACCUGCGAGGUGUUAUUCUUGAUCGAGGCUGGCCUCGCCGACGCCGUGCGCCAAGGACAGUCAGCGCCUCUUGACAUGAUCGCCGUCUUGGACAAGAAGUUGCGCAUGGCGCUGAGCCAAUUUCGCGCGCUCGACCAGAUUCUACAGAAACGGCUCGACUACGAGCGCAAGGGAUCCAUAGGCCGCAUGAAGCGUGGCUUCGGGCGCAUGUUUGGCGAGAGGGGUCUCGAGAAGUUCACGACAUCGCUGGUCAAGAUCCGUGAGGACCUCAAAAUGAGCGCCUACAUGUUUCACUGGAAUGUGACUGCCGAGAAGGUCGAGGGUGAGCUGGGGAUAGGAUACAUUGGCCUAUUGUCGGCACUCGAAGACUUGGAUCUGCGACGUAAGCGAGCUGGCAGUAUCGCUUCCGAGGAUGCACACAAGGGCCAGACGACGUACGCUCGGCCACCUGGACUGGCAACCACGCAAGGUGGUAUUGGUCAAUCUCGGCUUCCCGUCGUCUACCAGGGAGCCUUGUCCUUCCAGCCGACUCCGCACUCCGGCGUGGAAAGAUCCGUCCUGUUGAGCCACGAGUCGUCCCUGAGCGGCGAAAGCAGCAAUUUUGCGCAUUCGUCAGUACAUCAGGGCAGUCCGCUGACACUAUAUACGAACCCGUCAACCACCGGUUUCUCUAAUGGCAACAUUGAACAACCAUUGAAGCGGCGCAAGCCAGGGGCUGGCGCGGCCGCAUUAGGGCUCAGUGCCUCUCGCGAAACCCCGGAGACGAGCCUGGAACUCGAAGCCCUCGUUGAAGACGUGGAGCUGUUAGAUCUCGAUAGCCCCAAGAUAUCAUAUGUCAAGAGCGAGCCCUUCACCAUGCCUCGACGACGACCCCGAAACAACAUUGACGAGGACAAGGCGGGUUCUCAUGAGGCCCUGGUUGGUGCCGUGUGUGCCAACGACCACCGCCUUCUCACACAGCUCCUGGAUAGGGGCGUCUCGCCGAUGUCGGGCGCAGCCAGCUCUCAUGCGCUCAACAAGGCCAUUGUUUCACACAAUGGUGAGGCACUGCGACUGCUGCUGCUGUACGGUGCCGACCCCAACGAGACGGACCGCCACGACGGCGUCUGCCCCCUCGUGGCGGCCGUGAAGAAUUCGUUCAUGUCGGCGGCUGUCGCGUUGCUCAAGUAUGGCGCCGACCCGAACCUGUCGGCCGGACCUGACUCAGAGACUCCCCUGUCAGUGGCAGUCGCUGCUGACAAUGUGCGCCUGACGCAUCUACUGCUCAUGUAUGGCGGUAACGCGAAGCAAAUGACGGCCGCCGGCAGCACGCUUCUUGUCAAGCCGAUGGACAAGAAGACCUCGAAGACGGUCGUCGACAUGCUUCUCAGCAGCGGAGCAGAUCCCGACGGCAAGAACCGCGAAGGCAAGACAGCGCUCUUCGAGGCCAUCACCGCAGGUAGGGCGGACAUCGUCAACAGCCUACUCGAGGGUGGGGCAAACGCCAACCUACCCGGCCCCAAGCAUAUGCUGUGGCCGUCCAUGUAUCAUCCUGCGUGCUUGAAACUCGUGCUCGCGCACGGCGCCGACUACAAGAAAGCCCCGGGUGUCAUGGAGUUGGCAGCCAGUAUCAACAACAUUGAGUCAAUCCGAAUCCUUCUUGAGGCCGGUGUCGACCCCAACGCCAAGAAGGAUGGCAUAUACACGCCGUUGUGUACUGCGAUUCGCGACAACCGUAGCGAAAUCUUCAAGCUUCUGCUGAGCCACGGCGCGGAUCCCAACGUUCCCGCUAGCGAAUAUCCCGCGUUCAAGUGCAUCACACACAACCGCGUUCACUUCCUACCAGCCCUAGUGGCCGCGGGAGCCAACCUUGCCUCGCCUAGGGGUAUCCUCGAGACGGCUGUAUCGUCCAACAACUCCGAGGCCAUGCGAUGGCUCCUCGAUCAGGGGCUCGACCCUGACGAUAAGUCGCCCACGGGUCGCACGGCGCUCACGAGCGCCAUCCGUGAUAACCGUGUCGAGCUCGUCGACGAGUUGCUGCGACGCGGCGCCAACCCCAACAUCCGCGGCCAAGACUGGCCCGUGUGCAUGGCGGUGCGCAACCCGGACAUGCUCCGUCGCAUCCUCGCCGUGCUGCCGGAGCCACGUGCCUUCAAGGGCCUCAUGGAGCGCGCCGUCAUGGCCAAUCAACUCGAGUCAGUCAAGCUCCUGCUCGCGGCGGGCGUCUCGGUUGAAGACCGCAAUGGCGGCGUCUUCUCGCCCCUGACCACGGCCAUCCGCGAGGGACGCCGCGAUAUUGUGGCCUUCCUCAUCACGGAAGGCGGCGCCGAUGUCAACGCCCCUGGCGAGCAUCUGCCCAUUGUCAAGGCACUGCGUCGUCGCCAGGAAGGCGCUGCUGGUAUCGACGAGAUCCUCGACAUGCUUGUCGACAAGGGUGCCGAUCCAAACAAGAUGUACCGGGGUUGGAACGGCAUCAUGCAGGCACUCGAAAACGGCGACGCUGCAGUGCUACAGAAGCUGUGCAAGUGUUGCGGUGUCGACCUCAGCGUCAAGGACGAGCUUGGUCGCACGGUCACCGAGAUUGCUGUGUCUCGACGCUGGGAGGAGGCCGCCAAUAUCCUCGCGAGCUCCAACUAG